AUGGUUGAAGCAUUAAAGACUGUCAUCUCCCAGAGUACAGAGUGUCGAGUGUGUCUUUCUACAUUCACCGAUCCCAAGAUCCUGUCUUGUUCUCACACUUUCUGCAAGACUUGCCUGGACAACCUAUUGGAGUGCCAAGGUAACUGCCAGAUCCGAUGCCCUGUCUGCAGAGCUGUGACCCAGGUCCCAAACGAAGAUGUCGGCAAACUACAGGUAAAUCUUGCUUUGAAAAGUCUAAUAGAGGAUAUGAAGGGCCAUCCUCAGAUUUGCACAAAUUGUAAAUCAAAUGACAAGCCCCAUGCUGUUGUCUACUGCCAAGACUGUGGCAAGUAUCUCUGCACAUCUUGUCUUAAUACCCACUCUCAAUGGGAAGGCUUUAUCGAUCAUGAAGUCAUUGCCAUGAGUGAGAUCUCAUCAGGAAAGGUGUCUGUACGUAGAUACCGGAAAUGCAGGAAACACCCGAAAGAAGAUGAGGAUUACUUCUGUUCCACCUGCAGGAGAUUCACAUGCUUCAGAUGCGGUGUGAUGGAACAUAAAGACGAGGGACACCAGGUCGUCGAGGGAGCUGCUUAUGAGGACAAACACGUGAAGAACAUCGAAGACCUGAAAUCAAAGGUUGAAAAUCAACAGUCAUGCUUUCAGAAGUACAUUGAUUUCAUUGAUGAGCAGAGGAAGAGUGUUGACAAUGCCAAGAAACAGUGUACAGGUGACAUCAACAAAUCAUAUGAUGAUGCGGUCCGGCAGUUGAGAGAGAAGAGAGAAAGCUUGCUAAGAGAAGUCAAUGAAACGACCGAAGGAGCAGAGAAAGAACUGGAAAGCAUGAAGACCACGGCUAAGAAGUACAUCAAUCAGUUGACGACCAUGGCUGAAAUGGUAACUAACAAAAUAAAGAUUCCAUUAGAUAUUGAUACUUUGGCUGCACACGACACUCUGUGUGAAGAGUUAAGAGAGGUCAUUGAUCAAAAUGAUCCUGACUACGAGAAGCCGAAUAAAUCGGGCAUAAAGGGGAAAAGGGUUAGGUUCAAGAGAAAUGUUGGAGUGGAUGAGCUAGGCCUUGGAAAGAUUGUUAAUGUUGAAAGAAACGUCGCCUUACACACUUAUAAAACCUUUGAUCUCAUAUUUGAUUACUCUGAUGACUCUGAUGACUAA